UGUAAAACCAAUAACAGAAGAUUCAUGAAUUGAAGGGAUUUGAGUAUUUAAGAAGCAGCUAUUAAAAUGUGGAAUAUACCUCUGUGGAUGUUUGCCCAAGUUUUACUUGGUACUUCAAUCAAAGCACAGCAUGUGGAUCCAGAGGUGGGAUUAACAGCUCAAGAACAAGUUCUUCUGCUGUACGACAUCAAACUCCAGUGCCUUCAAAACAUCUCUGAACACAACCCUACCGAUGAGGUCUGUUCUCCUGGAUGGGAUGGACUGGUUUGCUGGCCUCAAGGUUCCCCAGGAACCGUCAACAAAGUCCCAUGUCCCAGCUACGUCUACGACUUCAACCACAAUGGGUUUGCAUACCGUCAGUGUGACUUGAAUGGAUCAUGGGUCUCAGUGGAGAACAGAACUUGGGUCAACUAUUCAGACUGCCUACGCUUCCUGGCUCCAGGAAUUGGAAAGGGAAAAAGAGACUUCUUUGAGCGGCUGCACAUCAUGUACACGGUUGGCUACGCGGUGUCCUUCAGUUCGCUGCUAGUCGCCAUUUUCAUCAUCGGAUAUUUCCGGCGUCUUCACUGCACCAGAAACUACAUUCACAUGCACCUUUUUGUGUCGUUCAUGCUGCGUGCGGUCAGCAUCUUUGUUAAAGACAGAGUUGUGUACACUAAUGGGGUGUUACAGGAAUACGACACCAUGCUAAUGGACAAUAUUAGCACUCUGUCAAUCUCUACUCUUGACAAGACUCAGUAUGUUGGCUGUAAGAUCACCGUCCUAUUCUUCAUCUAUUUCCUCGCCACCAACUACUACUGGAUUCUAGUGGAGGGCCUUUACCUUCACAGUCUUAUUUUUAUGGCCUUCUUUUCGGACUCCAAAUAUCUCUGGGGUUUCACCCUCAUAGGGUGGGGUGUGCCAGCUCUCUUCGUGUCAACCUGGGCUGUCGUCAGGGCAACGUUCGCAGAUGUGAGGUGUUGGGAGUUGAGCGCUGGUAACAUAAAAUGGAUUUACCAAGUUCCCAUCUUGACGGCAAUUGGGCUCAAUUUUAUUCUAUUUGUAAAUAUUGUACGAGUUCUGGCCACCAAGAUCCGAGAAACAAACGCAGGACGGUACGACACACGUAAACAGUACAGGAAGCUGGCUAAGUCCACACUGGUUCUGGUUCUGGUGUUUGGAGUGCACUACAUCGUGUUUGUGGGAAUGCCGCACACAUUCAAUGGUCUGGGUUGGGAACUCCGCAUGUACUUUGAGCUUUUCUUUAAUUCAUUCCAGGGAUUUUUUGUGUCCAUUAUCUACUGUUUCUGCAAUGGAGAGGUCCAGACUGAAAUACGUAAGAUCUGGCUCCGUUGGACACUUGCAUUUGACUGGAAGUGUCCGGUGGAUUUCGCGAACUAUCGCUACGGGUCGGUUCUGAACAAUAGCGGUGUCAGCGUCCAAUCCCAGCUGACCUCUGUGACCCGUAGCUCCGCCCUCCUCAACAGCAGAGUGUACCGUUGCACCGGGCGUCCCAGCGUCACCUCGUUUACACACAGCACGCACAUACACGCCACCCUGCCCGGGUACGUCUUCAGUAACUCUGACAUCGAGAGUCGACCACCUUCUAUUCCCGAAGAAAUCGAAGAAGACACCAAACACAUAGAACACAUCACUCUCAAAGAGAAUGCAAAAGGAAAUGACAUCACCGUAAAACAGGAAGUCCUCAGUGUCUGUCUCGAAGAAAUCAGACAAAAGCCAAACGAUGAUGACAUCAUUAAAAGGGAUGAUGUCACCCCUCAAGAGAACGCUAAAUGCACUGAUGAAAUCACUUUAAAGGGUUCUUUACUGGUGAAGAACCACAGUUUGGACCAGGAGGAUGAGCAAGUGCUCUAAAAUUUGUUUAGACUUCGUUAAAGUUCAUCAAGACUUCUUUUAAAAAUAGUUGCACAUGCACUGACGGAAAGCCACACAAAAUAAGAUACCACACAUGCUUUAUAAUGCAUGAAAAUCUACUGUUUGUUAGGGAAUUGGUUUUCACCUAUUUCAAGGCCUUGCGUUCAGAGUCUUGUCUGCCGAGAUACAUUUUUGUUGACUCUUUGUAUUAUCACAUUGGUGAACAAGAUUGCUUUUGUGGAUACGUUCGAUAACUAUGUACUGUAUGUGUAAACAUGUACUUUGCAAUGUGUUACUUCUUUUGCAAUAUUAUUUUGUUUUUUUUAACCAUCAAAGUUGUUUGGUCAAGUCGAACAAUGGCACCCUAAUGAAAUAGCUCACAAACUAAGUAGC